UUGUCACCGGAAACGAUUAUUAGAUGACAGAUAGACGAUACAAUUGUUUUGUGUGUUGUUAGCGCUAGCUUGACUUUUGCACAGGUUCAUUUUUGCUGUAUAUACAAUUACGCCAAGUUAAUUUCAGAUUUGGUAGUUCAGCUCUGUGGUUUUCGGAGUGGGAUCACUCAGCCAUGCUGUCUGACGCAGAUUAUGGUGGCAAUGCGUCCGGUGGCAGACAACGAGGGAAAAAGCGAGGAGCCGCGGCAGAAACCACGUCAGUAGACAGCCAACCCAUGCGUUCUACUGGCAGACAAACCAACGUCAGGGUGAAGCGAUCCAGCAACAAUAACAACAAUCCCACUGGGCAGGUCAAGAGGAAGGCCACAGACACAGAUGAAGAGGACGACCAGGCAGAGAAGAAGUACAGGAAAUGUGAGAAGGCGGGGUGCCCAGCCACUUAUCCAGUGUGCUUUGCCAGCGCCUCUGAAAGGUGUGCCAAAAAUGGCUACACAUCGAGGUGGUACCACCUCUCCUGUGGUGAACAUUUCUGCAAUGAGUGUUUUGACCACUACUAUAGAAGUCACAAAGAUGGCUAUGAGAAGUACGCGUCAUGGAAGAGGGUGUGGACGGGGAAUGGGAAAACUGAGCCGAGUCUCAAGGCCUUCAUGGCUGACCAGCAACUUCCCUACUGGGUUCAGUGCACUAAAUCAGACUGUGGCAAGUGGAGGCAGCUCACUAAGGAAAUCCAGCUCACUCCAUCUCUGGUCUCCACCUACCGCUGUGGACUGAAAGUCAACAAUGUCAAGACUGAAGGACCAGACCAAUGCUCGCUCCCAGAGGACAUGCGAGUGGCUGGAGUGAGUGACAGCUGGUGGAACUCCAUGUUAAUUGUGCCCCCGUUACUGAAGGACAGUCCGGCCAACCCUUUCCUCACCGCCUACUACCCUGACUGUGUGGGCAUGAGUCCCUCUGCGUCGCCUAGCAACUUUGCCCACAGUGACCUGAGGACAGAACACAGACGAGUCGUACAGCCACAGAUUCCAGGACUGUGCCCAUACUUCCAGCCGUUCUACCAGCCUAAUGAAUGUGGCAAGGCUCUGUGUGUGCGGCCAGACAUGAUGGAGCUGGAUGAGCUCUACGAGUUUCCAGAAUUUUCCCGUGACCCGACCAUGUACCUGGCCCUGCGAAAUCUCAUCCUGGCUGCAUGGCAUCGGGAGUGCAAGGAGGUACUCACGCCACUGAAGUGCAUCCCCCAUGUGAUCGUGCGCGGCCUGGUGCGGGUGCGUUGUGUCCAGGAGCUGGACCGAGUCCUGCACUUCAUGACCCGAAAGGGGCUGAUUAACACUGGAGUCUUACUGGUGAAGCAGCCCACUCUGCCAGAACCGUACCAUCAUAAGAAGAAAGUGCUUGUCAUUGGUGCUGGAGCAUCGGGAUUGGCAGCAGCUCGGCAACUCCAAAGCUUUGGCAUGCAGGUGGUGGUGCUGGAGGCUCGGGACCGGAUAGGAGGCCGCGUCUGGGACGACAAGUCACUGGGUGUCACUGUAGGACGAGGAGCUCAGAUAGUCAACGGCUGUGUCAACAACCCCAUCGCUCUCAUGUGUGAGCAGCUGGGUAUUAAGAUGCAUAAGCUUGGUGACCGGUGUGACCUGCUGCUGGAGGGAGGGGGCGCUACAGACCCAGCCAUAGACAAGCGCAUGGACUUCCACUUCAACGCCAUCCUGGACGUGGUGUCUGAUUGGAGGAAGGACAAGUCUCAGCAUCAGGACGCCCCUCUGGGAGAGAAGAUCCAGGAGGUGUAUAAGACUUUCCUUCAGGAGUCUGGUAUCCACUUCAGUGAGCUGGAGGAGAAGGUGUUGCAGUUUCACCUCAGUAACCUGGAGUAUGCCUGUGGCAGUACGCUAGACCAGGUGUCGGCACGGUCAUGGGACCAUAACGAGUUCUUUGCCCAAUUCUCUGGAGACCACACGCUGCUGACGGAGGGCUACUCUUCUGUACUUCACAAGAUGGCCGAGGGCCUUGACAUUCACCUCAACUCACCGGUCCAGUCCAUUGACUACUCUGGAGACUUAGUCAAAGUCAUGACUACCAGUGGCUCGCAGUGGAGUGCACAGAAGGUGUUGGUGACUGUUCCACUGGCUCUCCUCCAGAAGGCCAUCAUCCAGUUCUGCCCUCCCCUCCCGGAGAGGAAACUGAAGGCCAUUCACAGCCUGGGGGCUGGGGUCAUAGAGAAGAUUGUCCUGCAGUUCCCCUAUAGAUUCUGGGACCGUAAGGUCCAAGGGGCGGACUACUUUGGCCAUGUUCCACCAAGUCCGGAGAACAGGGGCAUGUUUAGCGUGUUCUACGACAUGGACCCAAAGGGUAAGCAGAGCGUGCUAAUGUCCGUCAUCACUGGAGAGGCACUGCCCACGGUCAGAGACCUGGAGGACAAAGAGGUGGCUGACAUGUGCCUGAGGGUCCUGAGAGAGCUGUUCCAGGAUCAGGAGGUUCCAGAUUACCAUAAGUUCUUUGUGACCCGCUGGAGUCGAGACGCCUGGGCACAGAUGUCCUACAGCUUUGUGAAGACAGGGGGCAGUGGUGAGGCCUACGACAUCAUCGCAGAGGACGUCCAGGGAAAAGUGUUCUUCGCUGGAGAGGCUACCAACAGGCACUUUCCCCAGACUGUGACUGGAGCCUAUCUCAGUGGGGUCCGAGAGGCCAGUAAAAUCACCGCUGUCUGAUAUCAGGGAUUACAAUAGUAAUGCCUCAACCUCUGUCUGACUUCUAUACUGUACUGUACAUUCUGGUGCUUGCCAUGGAGAACGCAAGAAGAUGGUCGGCUCUCGCCCACAGUAAUGAUGUUGGCUGUGUAGCAAAUUCUUGAGUAGUAACUAUUUCAGGUCGCCAUUCUUUUAUGUUCUCAUUUUGAUGAUGUCUGGUUACUCAGUUUAAUAGUCAAGCACGUUUAACACAGCACUUAUUGUGUCAUAUUCAUUGAAAUUACACAAAGAGAUUUAUACCAGAUUGUGUUGAUACAGUGGAACAUUCUUUUUUCAGUGAUGGAGAGAACAUACUUUUGUUUGAUAAUGCAAGGCAAGGAAAUCCUUAAGGGCUUGUCCAACUUUCUAAUUUAUCAUAUCAUGACUGAAGCAAGCUCUUGUACAUAUAAAGAUAUUAUGAGUUUGUACCUAUUUAUGAUUCUUUGUAAUACCCUGUAUAACAAGAAUAAUGCACAUGAUCAAAAUAUAUAAUUUCUUUGUU